CGGUCCUCACGGCAAGGAAAAUGGCGUCCGACUCGUCUUGUAAUCCUCCUCCUUUCCCUGCAAACGAGCCAGACGAGGAAUUGUCCGACUUGGCAUAUGGAGACAGUGACGAGGGAGAAGACAUUUUCGUGAGCAAUAGUAAGUCCGCGAGUCAAGGAGUGUCUCAGCCUGAGCGAGGAGACAAGCUCCCCGCUGGCGAUGCGAGCAGCCGCACCAGCACCCAGUCUAAUGGCGUCCACUCUGACGAGGACAACGACCUCUUUGCCGAGGCCCAGCUAAGCUCAAACAAAUCUGGCAGUUCUGCCCGGAAAAAGCUCUCCAGCUCCUCUGGCUCACGUCCCACCUUCUCAUUUUCUCAGAGUCCUGCUGCCAUGCCAGCCGCUUCCUUGGAACAGCUGGAGAAGGAAGAGGACAGGGAUACUUUUGAUGUGGAUGUGGCUGUCACCAACCCUGAGAAAGUUGGUGAUGGAAUGAAUGCUUAUGUGGCCUACAGAGUUUCUACAAGGACCUCCUUGCCCAUGUUCAGGAAUAAGACCUUUUCUGUGAGGAGGCGCUUCAGUGACUUCCUGGGACUCUAUGAGAAGCUAUCAGUCAAGCAGUCACUCCACGGCUGCAUCAUUCCACUGCCACCAGAGAAAAGUGUUGUUGGAAUGACCAAAGUGAAAGUGGGGAUGGAUGAUCCAUCAUCAGUGGAAUUUGUGGAGAGACGAAGAGCCGCUCUAGAGAGGUAUCUGCAGAGAGUUGUGUCUCACCAUUUGCUGAUACAAGAUCCUGAUGUGCGAGAAUUCUUAGAAAGAGAAGAUUUACCCAGAGCAUCAAACACUCAGGCGCUGAGUGGAGCUGGCUUUCUUAAAAUGAUCAAUAAGGCAUCGGAAGCUGUCAACAAGAUGACCAUCAAGAUGAACGAGUCUGACACUUGGUUUGAGGAUAAGUUGCAGGAGGUGGAGAAUGAGGAGCAGCAUUUGAGGAAGCUCAAUGGUGUGGUGGACUCAUUGGUUAAUCACAGGAAGGAGCUAUGCGGAAACACAGCAAUAUUUGCCAAAAGUAUGGCCAUGCUGGGGAACUCUGAAGACAACACUGCUCUGUCCCGGGCACUGUCCCAGCUGGCAGAGGUAGAGGACAAGAUGGAGCAGCUGCACCAGGAGCAGGCCUCCAAUGACGUCUUCAUCUUUGCCGAGGUGCUGGCUGACUACAUCCGUUUGCUAGGUGCUGUGCGGGGUUGUUUUGACCAGCGUACGCGGGCAUGGCAGCGAUGGCAGGAGGCUCAGAGUGCACUCCAGAAGAAGAGAGAGUUGGAGGCCAAGCUGCUGUGGGCCAACAAGCCAGACAAACUACAGCAGGCCAAGGAAGAGAUCGCUGAGUGGGAGGCUAAAGUUACUCAAUACGAGAGAGAUUUUGACAGAGUUGGCAUGACUGUACGCAAGGAGGUUCUCAGGUUUGAGAAAGAAAAAGCCAAGAACUUGAAGACCCAGAUCAUCAAAUAUUUGGAAUCAAUGUUUCAGUCCCAGCAAAGGCUUAUCAAGUUUUGGGAGGCUUUCCUUCCUGAAGCCAAGGCAAUAGCUUAACAAAUGAGGAGGGACACUUUUACAACCCGUCUGCCUUUUCUGAACACUUUACCUCUACCACGAACUGAGAGGAACAUUUUGAAACCCAAAAAAGACUUAACAUCCAUUUGCGCUUGUCUUCUGGAUUCCGAAAUCUUGUACAGUUAUUUGAUAUUGAUGCACUGCAUAAAUCCUUGUGUAUAUUCCCUAUGAUAUAAUGCAAUGAAUGAGAUUCAGGACAGAUUAGCUAGACAGUAGAAUUUGUAAAAAAAAAAAAAAAAAAAAUUACAUUUAAAAAAAACAAAAACGUUUUUCGGGGGUCGGGGAGCAUAUACAAUGUAUUUGUUACUGGUUGAAACCAUGUAAACGUUUACACUGAGGUGCGGACCGAGAGUAACACUUUAUAGUUUACAAUUAAGGUCAGAUGUAUGACAGACAUUCCAGCGUACUCAUGGAUGGAUGUCAGAUUUUGAUGCAAUUAAAUGCAUUACAUGGGUAGAAAAGCAUUUCUUUUGAAAUACAUUGCCACUAUUAUUGACAGGGGUCUUCACUAAAAAUCCUAGCGCAUUGUUACUGUGUAUCACAUCGUACAUAUGAGAACAUUUAAAUGUUACAAUAACAGGGUGACAAGCUUGACAGAGUAGUUACAAUUAAGAACAGGCAAAUUUCUUUAGGAUCUUAAAUCGGUCACUAUUUUUUUGGAUUAUGAUGAUGAAUUCUGAGUCAUCUUUUUAACAGUCAACCUCAUUUCUGUCAGCAAUUCAAGUCAUUGGAAGCUGGUGCAAAGGCUGCUAAAUUAGUGUAGCAACAUACACAAUUUCUACAAUUAAUGAAUCAUCAUCCAGCCACAAUUCUACUUUGAUCAAAGCAUUAAAGUUUUGUUUGUUCAACUUUUGUGAGUUCAGUUUUUCUAUCAUAUUUCCAUAAGAAUGUGAUUUACUUUUGUAACCACUUUUCAUUAGCGCCCACAUUUUCUUGGAAAUACUAUAUUGGUUGAUUGGAAAAAAAAUAAAUGUUUU